AUGAAUUCUUACAUUAUUUCUACAAGUGUUCAAUGUGGCCACCAACCAAAACAUGAACAAUAUGGAGGCGGUAUUCGAACUCCUCCACAUUGGAGCCGUGUUGAUCGCAGCUUGCUAAAUCGACACUAUUCACAACACUGGACAGGUUGUGCAGAUAACCAGCAAUUCACCAUAUCAAUUACUGGCUCCAAAAACACUAGACCUCACACCAUAUGA